UCAGACCCGAAUCUGCUCAUCUCAUCCGCACGGUUUUCCUGAGGAAGAAACAUCUUUCAGAAAGCCAAUAGACAACUCCCUUGCCCUGUGUGACCGAUUGCCUUCAUGUUACCAGAAGGAAAAUUGCUCAACGAAAAGGGCAAACCCUCAAAGGUAGUACUGCUUACCUCUCUUUCCUUCAUAUCAACAAGCUCAUCACGAAAGAACACUGGCCGGACUCUGCUCGAUUUUGUUGAAUCAAACCGAACGGUGGACGAGAUUCCUCAGCAUCAGGCUGCGUAUUUGGGUAUUGCUCGCUUCAUCGACACCAACGGUCCCUUAGUAUCUAUACCUUCUGCUUUUGGCCCCCACGAUCACUCCUCUCGAUGCUCCUCGAUCAUGACAAGAGCAAGAAGCAUGCCGCUGUUCACAGCUAAUUCAUUUCAUCUUUAUCUCUCUAUCCAGCGUUUGGGCGUCUCGGCAACUUCUGGCGUGGUUUGAUCUACAGCAAGGGAUGGCUGUACCACCCCCAGGAAUGUAUUUCUUGACCGCAACCUCCGAACAAUAAGUUUCUCCCGUUUCUCCAAGUCCACCGCAAGCCAACAUGCCAAAGAUGAAGAGCAAGGCUUUCUGUCCAAGGAGUUUGCCGUACAAGACUCGCCCAAGGGGGAUCGCUUCAGCUACAAAUUUUGGAUCGCAACGACAAUCAACACACUCUCGACGGUUUCCAUUGUACGCGGCGCCAUUUGAGCUGCAGCC